AUGUUGCCGAACGCGCAGGUUGAAGACAUGAUAACCGUAGAGAAGCAUAUUACAUCUUCUAUCAAUGAAACAAUCACAAUAAACGCCGCUACCAUAGCAAAUAUAGAAGAUGAUAUGAUCGUGUUAUCAAGGAAAAUAGAGAAACGAAUAGCAACCUUUCAGCCUCGGACUUCGCAACUCGAUCGUGAGACUUUGGAAUCACAUCGGGAUCCAUUCAGAGGAUUUUUCACCUUAUUUUGGAUCGCGAUGGCAUUCUACAUUCUUAAAAUUGGCGUCGGGAAAUUUGAGUCAGCGGGGAUUCUAUUUGAUCCAUCUUUCUUUAGACUAUUUUCGCAUGACGCGAUUGGAUUGAUAUUAAGUGAUGCAUGUAUGGUGGGAUCAAUGUUUUUUGUGGUAUUACUGCAAAAGUUGAUUGCACUCGGCUUGAUCAGGUGGAAGUACACUGGGAUGGUCAUACAACACGCAUUUCAGAUCUCAUUUCUGUUUGUUCCUAUUUAUUGGACUUUCAAAUUGGCCCUGGGUGCAAAGUGGAUUUUUC